AGUGUUUUAUACGCGUUUAAUUGAUUGCAGGACGGACGAGUGAGUUGGUGUUCCCCCACUUUUUUUUUUAUUUAAAUCUUGACGUGCUGUAAAAAGGAGAAAGGAAACCCAGGAAAUCCGGUCGUGAACAGCGCGAAGAUGAGUUGGUGUUGUGGUGCUUGGGCCGGGACUCGUGGCCCGUGCGCAGUCGGGUGCCAAAAUCGUCGGACCUUUUGAUAACCACUCGGGUUGUUCGGGGAAACGAACCCAAAUCACCUCCCCGAACCCACGAUGGACGGCGAAGAAUGCUCGUUCCUCCUCGAGCUGUUUGACGACAGCUCGGGGCUGCUGUUGCGACAUCCGUCGUCGUCGUCGUCUGCGUCCCCGCGAGGAAUAGGAGGACGAGAAGAAGAAGAUGACGAGGACUCGGAUGCGGGUUUCGCGUCCGACUUCAACACGGACCUCUUGCCGUUUAGCCCGGACGCGUUUUGCUCGUUGCUGGACUCAGACGUGCCGGUGGAGACGGUGACUGUGGACGACGAAGACGGAUUGUCGUUUUUGGAUUGCGUGGUUGAGCGGGCCGCGGGUGCAGCAUCGACGACGACGGCGGCGGCGGUGACGACGACGACGACGGAUGGAUGUGCUCUGGGCGAGCUGGAGUUUGCCAGGGAGUGCGAGAGAAGCGCGGAUUUCAUCGACAGCUUGUUUGAGGAUCCCUGGGAACGAGAUUGGAUUGUAACUUCGACGAAGCCAGAGCUGGAACUCCGUGCAAAUCCAAUCCUCGGAAGCAACAACUACACUCACCAUUAUCACCACCAUCAUCAUCAUCUUUUACCGCCCUCGUCGUCAUCAUCAUCAUCAUCAAUGACGGGAUCGUCGUGGAUCGCUCCGUGUUCACCGUGUGCGUCGAGUUCGUCGUCGUCAGGUGCGUCGCCGCUGAACGACGAAGCCUACUAUUCGUCGUCACCCGGGCCAGUGAUGGAUUUGCUGCCCGUGGCGGCGCUCGGCAGCGGUGGCGGCGUUGCUGGAAACGGCCCGCCGUCACCGGCGACGGACAUCGUGAAGAAGUCUACGGUUCGGUUCCGCAUAGUCACGCAUCGGUCGACGUCUCUUCUCUCCAAGCCAAAACCUCGAGCGCCAAAGUCUUCUUCGACGGGGACGGCGGCAGGUGGAGGAGGAGCUGGCCGUCGUCGGACACCGACGGUGGUGAAGGUGGCUCUGAGCGGGGAGAAAAUGCCGACGACGUUUCAAGAGCUGUUGGAGCUUAACCGGCAGCGUGUGAUGGCGGGCAGCAGCAGCAAGUGCGUGCGGCUCGUGGGCCCGGUGACGGCGGCGGCGCUGGCGGCCAAGCAGGUCGCCCCGGCGCCACCGCCCGUCCGCCGGCUUGCCUCUCCUAGUCUUACUAGUCCGUUCGACGAGUUCAAAACCUGUGUGGGGGGAGUUGGGAGGGUGAGAACUGUGAGGACAUACUCAAAGAAGUUCCAGGAACAGUGCUGGCCAGUUUGCCAAAAACCUCAGGGAGUGGAAGCAAUGCCGCCGGAUGGUGGCACAGCAAAACUGUUCGCCUCGUCUGGUGCCAACGGGCUCGACUUGGCCCCACUUGACAUGUCCAAGAUCAAACGAAUAAUUCGGACGAAGGCGUGCAACAAUUGGACGCUGGUGAUAGACAAGACUCGUGAGCUGUCGCGUGAGCAGAUGCGGCGCCAGUUGCGCGACACGAACGAUAUCGUGAUGCAGAGGGCGGCGGGGCCGAAGCGAGGGCGCCUUCCGCCAGGUGGCGUAUCGUCGAAGCUGGAGUUGCGUCAUCGGCCGGCUCACCAGCUCCUUUCGAUGCCUGGUCGACGGCCCAUGUCCAUGUGCAGGACCCUUGCCAAAACGUUCAAAAGAAAUCUGGUGAUAAAAGCCGCGGUCGUGGAGGAGUUCUUCAUCGACUCGGACGGGAACGUGCGUGACCGAGAAGACGGGGAAUUGAUGGUGAUGCUGAGGCCGAAGCCGAAGGUGAAGCCUGUGAUCACAACCGGGCUGCUGGAAAUGGCUGUCGCUGCUGCUGGGCUCGACGAUGACGAGGAGUGACACCUGUCGCGGCUACAGCCUGUUCUUUUUUCUUGGUCACGAAAACACAUUUUUGCUUUUUUUUCUCCUGUUUUUGGGUGAUCCGGAAGUCAUUCUUUGUUCGGAACUGGAUUCUUUUUCCUAAAUGUUCCUCGUGUUGUCUGUCUCGUUUCUCUUUUGUCGAGGGUGGCCUUAUCUUUGUUUUGUUUUUCUACGUCUGUUUGUCUUUUAUGGAUUUACUUUUUGUGUCUUGAAUAAUUGCAGGUGAAACUUCAUGAGUUUGCAUUUGCUUAUCAGUCAGUAACAUUAGUAAGGAGAGUGCUGGGUAAUGUUCACUUUUAUACGUGUUUUCUUGUUUUUACGAUUUAAAAUUUUGUGGAUCAUCAUCCAUUUUUCUCAGACAGUAAGAUCCUUUUUUUUUGAGUGAUUUAAGAGGUGUUUUAUUCUAGUAAUAUCCAGUGAAAUUUCAGGAAUUAUUUGAGGGGUAGUUAACUCAAAAGCUGACUAGUGUAAGACCAUUUGACUUUUUUUAUGGAUUUCCUCUUCUUGAAUAAUCAAGUGGAAAACUUCGUGACACUAAGGUGAUGAUCGAAUUUUCUAUUGGAAAUGUUGCAUAAAUUGUAUCACCCGACUGAAAUGGGCACGUAUAAAAAUUAGAAAAAUAAUUUUUUCACUAAAGUCAAUCGACGCUCCUGUUUUUUUUUUUUUUUUAAGAGAAAAGCGAAGUUUAAACAUAUGUCUUUUCUGGAGUCACUCUUCAAAAGUUUUCCGUUUGCAAAAAUGUUCUCCACCCGAGGUAAAAGAAAAAAGAAAGAAGGUAUUGUAAAAAGAAUUGUUGAAAGUUUUAUGGUGUAAGAGGUUUUGCCUGUAAUUCGUUUGCUUUUUUUCUGGGGUGAAACUUGCAAAGAACUGAAGCGUGAUGGGAAAGUUUUCAUAGUGGAACGCGUUUCCGCUUGUUAUAUUUCCGAACCGGAAGUAUUCUCAGUUUUCGAGAAGUCAAUCUUUUUUUUUCCUUUUUGAUACUACGGGAGAAACGGAUAGAAAGACACUAAAGCUGUGAACAACUUUUAGAGGUCACAGUGCGAUAAGAAAAGAAAAUGGGUGGAAAACUGAAAGAAGAAGAAGGAAAAAAAGAGGAAAGAUCCCCCACUUGUGAUGAAGAGGUAAUAAGGAAUCCAGGUCGCCUGUGGUCAGGAUAUUGUGUUUCAAACGAGAUUUUUUUCAGUUUUUUAAUUAUCCAAAAAAAUGGUGGAAUCUCUUUUGAAAUCAAGAAAAAAAAAGAACAGGGGGAAGAGGAAAGAAGAACGGUUUCAUUGUGAUUUUGCUGCUUGUCGCAGGAAUCCAUAAUUUCAGCUGCCGAUUGAUUUUCGUUUUUUUUUCAACGCGAUUUUCUUUUUUUUUUGGUUUAUGUUGUACGUGAUAAUUGCAUUUUGUUUGACCAUCUCUGCUUCCCGGUUUGACAUCGCGGCUCAUCCCCAUUUUGUUUUGGAAUUUAAUGAGAAUAUUUCUGUUUGGAAUUCCAUUAAUACGAAUUUUCAUGUUCCACGUUCCCAAAUUUCAAAAGAUACAGUUUUCUUUCAAAUUUGGAUGCUCAGGCGCUUAUUUUUGGGAUUAUUGCGUCCGAGGGAUAUUUCUAAAAGCUUUUUCCCCUC